UUGAAAUGUUAUGUCACGAAUCUGCUUACAAAAUUUUAAUUUACGAAAGAAUUUCUUUACAUUAAUUUACAUUUUAAUAGAGAUAAAUAUUUAAUUUAAAUGAAUGAAAAUAAGACUAUUACAGAUAAAGAUGUUUUGGACGCAAUAAAAAAUGUUUUACGCAAAAGCGGAGAUUUGAGUAAAAUACAAGCAGAGAUGAGAGCCAAAGUUACAGAAAUACUCCAAGAUAGGCAAUUCACAAACCAUCCUGGUUGUCGUAACUUCUGCCCGCCGCCGCCUUCGUCCGAAGUUUUACUCAUUAAUGACUUAAUAAAGGAGUAUUUAGAAUGGAACGGCUACCUUUAUACAUCGACCGUACUCACAUCAGAGGCAGCGUUACCUAAAGAGAAGCGAACCAGAGCAGAGCUAUGCGCAGAAGUUGGUGUAAAAGAUGACGAGAAAUCGUCUUCGUUACCUCUUUUAACAAAUAUUGUGGCAGCGUACACGGAAAGAAUAAAACGCAAGAUUAGCAAGAUAAAAAAGGAUUGUUCAUGAUUUGGAAUUAUAUUAAAAAAAACCUUAGCUUAA